AUGAGUUCAGAGGAGCUUGAUGAGGGAACCGCAGCACCAACAACAGGAACAGAGUCCAGACACCCUGUCUCCCAGGCCUCUGAAAUAGAGCACGCACAACAGCAGCAGCACCAACACCAGCUCCCUCUGCAAAAGCUUGUAGGAAACAUUCCUGUGUCUACGCAGCUUAUUCAGAGCCCGUUGCUACUGCAGGCAGCAGCGAUUUUGCUAGCUGCGCAGCAACAGCCCCAGCAGCAGCAGGCGCUGCAACAACAGCAGCUUGAACAGCAAGCUGCCACUCCUUUUUUCGCAUCAGAAGAAGUCCGCAAAAACGAAUGGCGUACGAGCAACUCCAGCAGCGCCGGUAGACUCACAAGCAACUGCAGCAGCACCAGCAGCAAAAGCGAUUUGCUGCGGCUACCCACUAGCCACACUAGCCCUCCAAGCUCUAUCGAAGCUCCACCGACACAGGAGCAGCCACAGCUGCUCGACGAAGAUCAUGCAGCCGCAACAAAAUUCAGCAGUAGAGGCUGCGAACUCAACAGCGUGGCCGAUAUCGAUUCUCCAGGAAAGAAGCAGCCGCAGUUGGGAGUGUUGGAUUCAGGGAGACAAGACAGCAGGGGCCACAUGGAAUUGCUGCUAUUGCAGCAACAGAUGGAGCAGAGAAAAACUGGGUGGCUUCAGAGUCCGAUGAGCCUAGCUGAAAGGGCAGCUGAUGUACGCGAAAUCGCGGUCUACUUGCAGCAUCAAGGUGGCCAGAACCACAAUCGAGAUGCGUCAGAGCUGCAGCAUGAUGUGAAGCUAGAUGAGCUUCCCUUGAAGGGAAUCGACGACUUCGAAGAGGCAAUCGAAAGGCAGCAGCAAAUGCUACAUGAGGAGCAGAAUCAGCAAACACAUGGCCUGCAGCAGUGCUGCUGUUGUCUAAGGAGCUUUGCUGGAUCUCGAAUUGAAAAACAUAUGAAGAUAUGCGAAGCAGCGAAGAGACAGGAGCAGGCAAAGCAACAGCGGCAGCGACUGAAGCAGCAACAACAAGAGCAACUGGAGGAGCAGCGGCGCCAGCAAGAACAAAUACUCAAGCGAAUGCAAGCAGAGCGGCAACGAGAACAGCAGCAGCAGCUUUUGCUGAAGCAAAAAGCCGUUAAACAAAGGAGGGAUGCAGCGGCAGCAAGGGCCGCUGCUGCAGCACGCUGUGUGGCUGCACGCAGCAGCAGCGUCGGCGAAGGCAACACCAGGAAGCAUAGCGAUGAAAGCAGCGGUAGUAGUACCAGUAGCAGGAGCAGCAGGAAUAACUUUGGGAGCCAGCUGGAUGCUGCUUCUGCUUCUGUUGGUGCUGCGGAAAAGGACAAGUUCUCGGAGGGCAGUUGCAUGAACCAGGGCAGCAACAACAUGGGACCUUCGCAGAAAACGUUUCAAAUAGAUUCAGAAGAUAGUUGCGCAGCAGCCAAGAGAGCGCCUGAUCAUUCAACGCAAUCCAAAACAGGAGAUCGUGCAACGGCUACUCCUUCGGUGGGAUGCUCUUCUGCGUCCGACGGCGCUUGUGAUGGCGCUGAAGCUAAUACAGAAGAGGCACAAGAAUCAACACGAGGAGAGGCAGCGGAAGCAUCAGCAGAAGCAGUAGCGAAAGAAAAUGCGGGCAUUAAUUGCUUGCACAGCUCUCCAGGGGAUCCACCUCCGCUACAGCAAAGAAGCUGGAGCAACAGCAGCAGUCGCAGCUGCAGCAGAGCAACCAGCGGCAGGCUCACCAGCAAGCGCAGCGUUUCUUCAGACAGCCUAAAAGAGCAGAAGCAAGAGGAUAGCCAAGAGCAGCAAUGCGGGGAGAGCCAGGAACCACCGCAGCAAGCGAGUCAGGAGAAACAGCAGCAACAGCACGUGUUGCCAAAAAAAGCUCCGGCAUGUGGCCGCACGGUUCUACAGAGGGCAAAGCCCCAAGACAGGUGGCGCCUAAUGCCGACCAAGCGCUGCCCGCUGUGCUCGCGUCGUUUUUGUCUAAAGUCUAUCGAACGGCACAUCGAGGUUUGCAGACAGAGGCAGAAAGAGGUCGGUCUUCGGCCGCCAGCACCAGUGCCAGGGAGUCUUGUGAUUCUUCCAGCGGCACCGCUUCUCCAGCAACAACAGCAGCACUCCCAGCAGGCGUCCAAGCCUUCUGUUGGAAGAUACGCUGGUAGGGGGCAUGGCGUAGGAGCAUCUGCACUGGCUCACUCCCGCAGCAUCAGCAGCGAAGGGAGCAAACUCGCAGCUGCUCAGAGCACUGUCUUCGACUGUGCCUUACCACCGCAGCGGCAGCACAGACAGGCGCUCCCGAAUCAGCGCCGCGACAUUUCAGGUACUACAGGAGCAAUAAGCGCAAGAGGAUACCUUCGAGACCAGAGCGUUGGAUGCGUUAAGAGCGAUAGCAAUGCAGAGACUAGCAGCAGCAGCUGGGAAACGGAAGUCGUUGAGGGACUUGCCGAGGAGCUUAGGCAGUUGGGGAUUGGGGAUGAACGGCUAGCUGCGGUAGCGAGCCGGUUCGCCUCUAGGCUGCGGCAGCAGCACAGGCAGGAGCUGAAGCUGCAGGCUGAGCUUGAAUCGUUCAAAGAGCCAUCCCUGACUGAACUACUGCCCGACGUCUUUGCCGCUGCUGCUGCCGCGGCACGCAGAAUUGUGGCUGCGAAACUUUCCCGUGAGCACCGCGGACAACAUCAGCAACAGCAGAAACCCGCAGAAAAGUAUCAGCAAGCGCCGGAGAUUGGAUGCGGCAUUACCGUUUGUGAAGCUGAGAACAGAGCAUCACCAGGCUCAGAUCACAACCGAUGCUGCAAUCUAAAGAUAUUGGGGCACUCCGAUAGCCCCCUAGCUCCUCCGUUAAAGCUCCCAGACUCGGCAGCACGCUGCCAUAGUAGCAACAACAGAACCACUGCCAAACUAACACCCCGAAGCCCUCGUGUCGAGAUCGCGUCUCCAGGUGGCGCAACGACUGCAGAAGCAGUUACGAAACGGCUUUCAGCAAAAAGGCCCUCGUGUAUAAAGGGUCGUUGUGGGCGGUGCGGGGGCAUAGCUAGGGAUUCAGCAGUACAGCAACAGCAGCAGGAAGUGCACACUGUCAAAGUACCACUAAAAAUCACUACAGAGGCGUCAAAAGCGUAUCCCGCAGCUGUUAGCCACAGCAACGGCACCACAGCUGGGCAACUGGCAGCUCAAGGUGCAACUUUCAGCAGCCACCAAUACGAACUGCAUCGACAUGAGCAGCCUCUGUCUUCUGCCCCGUCAAGAAGUGUUUCUGCAGCAGAAGAUUUCUGUCCGCCGCAGCGGCAACAGCUGAAACUCGCCGAAACUCAACGGUUCCAACUGCUACAGCAAUUCCAACAACAGCAGCUGCAGCCACAGCCGGCGCAGCAGCAGUGCCAGUCAAAAUUCUACGGCUCACAGCAGCAACCGCAGCAGCGGACCACACUGCUCCGAAGGCAGCGUAGCUUCUCUUCUCGAGAAGCGUCCAUAUCCCGAUGCCUCUCCGUGGAUAUGCCAGUUUCCCAGCAACAGCAAGAAGAAACGCUACAAUUGCAUCAUCUUACGGCGCAGCAACUGAUGCAAGAGAGGAGCGAGCGAUUAGUUAGCGCCGAACAGACAGCGCGUCAGUUGGAGGCUAUCAGAGAAAAGCAGAUACAGCAACACCACAGUAUAAAGCAGGAACACCUGAUGCAAAGCAGUACGACUACUCCUGCUGCCAAUGCAUACCAAGAGGUGUGCCUCGAAAAUCUGCCCCAUCAGCAACACGUUACCGUCCAACCACGGCAGCCUCUUUCGCCGCUACGGCCGAUCCCACAACAGCGAGUGCAACAGUCAUACCAGCUACAGCAGCAGCCUUAUACAACGCUACAGCCUCUGCAGCGGCACCAGCCACGUGCGAUGCACAGCCGGUCCCUCGUUCUAGAUGAGCGCCAGCCAGUGCAGAAGACGAAUUCUCUCUCCACUGACUGCUACGGAUACACAACUCGUGCAGCAAAAACAGGAGCUCCAGCAACAACCAGCAAUAGCAUGUCAAUACCCUCUAGCGCCGUCCUCAAUUCCUACUUUAGAGCAAAAGCAGCAAUUGGCACUGCUGCAGACCGGCAGAUCCCAUAUGCACACGGGAAAUGUUUCUCUGUAUCAACCACAGCUGCGGACAUUGACAGCGGCAACAAUCGGGAGACACUUCGCAGUAAACUAACACAACGGGCAUUCCCCGUUCAGCAGUCUUUUGCAGCAGCGGACGGUGCUGCUGCGAUGAGGCGGCUGAUAGAAGCUCUUUGUUUCCACAGAAGCAAACAGCCAUCGAUCCGUAGACUAGAUCGAGAAUAG